AUGUGUAAGUUGUCUAUUACAGUCGUUCUAUGGAUGGCAGGCAGGAACCUUCAACGUGCCCUCCAUGGAGCCCAGCUGGCAGUGCAGGGCGAUCGAAGUGCAGCCAACCACGGUUUUGCCCUCGGCCCUCCCGCUGCGGUCCGUGAUUGGUUUGAACUCAAGCUUACUUCAUCCAUCAACGGAUCCAGCUCCCCCUAUCAUGAUUCGAAUUUUUUCAAUUGUUCCUCAGCUGUACUCCGCCGCGUAGAUUCGCUGAGCAGCCUAUGGCCGGGAUCUCGGAUGGAUCCCCUUUGGUUCCCGUUUGUCUCGUCCCAGUGGAGAUCAAUGGGUGUGCCGGUUCCUCUUUUUGCAAUUUCUCUUACACUCCUGGAAUCUUCCUUUCUUAACCGAGAACAACAGGACUUUCAUGGCUCCAUCUACACAGCGGACUACUGUAACAAGUUCUCCCCCCACUAA